AUGACAAUGACAAAAGCGCUAGUGCUAGGCAGCUACGGCACUCCUCCGACGGUGUUUCAACUGUAUCAUCUGGAAGAUAAACACAUCAGUUUACUCUGCGUGGAAGACCUUCAUUUAUUCUUUUGUGAUACGCCGCCGCCCCCUUCGGCCUCCUCAGUGUUUCAGCAGCUGACAGCAGCACAUUCGCAUCAGUUUCGUCAACACGAGAAUCAAAUCUUCAUCUCCACUCACAUCGCCCUUAAACUAGCACGAAGGCUUAACCUCUACCUUCUCGCUGAACUAUGCAAGCUAUCUCAUGGUGAAAUCACGGCCGGUGUCAGUGAACCCUUGCUACGCAGCAUUCCAACCCUUCGAUGUGCAACUGUGCCGCAUUGGGACCAAGUCCAUUUCGAGCUGGAACCCCUAUCCGAUACUUUAGCCCAUUACGAUUUCGCCUUGGCAACAGAGCAACAACAACAAAGACUGCUGGCCAGUCGCCCUUAUACCCAACAACCAUCGCAGCAUUCAUCCUCUCCAUAUCAGCAUCAUCCACCACCGCCACCGCCACCACCGCAACAUACACUCCCUGCUUCAUUCUCAACUUCAUCGAUGAAGGAACCCUGGGAAAAUUAUUUGACCCAGUCACUGAGUGAGACGACAUUACGCACCCUCGAUCCAUCCACACUUCAGGCUUACACAACGGCGCAGAAAAUUAAGAGACAACAGUUGGCCAUUAUCGAAUGCCGUCAAAGACAAACAUUGUUUGCCACCACCAAAAAACCGCUCGAGUCAUCCCAGUUGCUUGUGAAACGAGGCAAAAAAGCAAAGUAUAUCACUAUUGCCACACCUCCUAUUUCCUCAUCCUCCUACAGCCCGCAAAAAUUGAGCCCGCUUUCCACUCCCCAACAAAGUGAUCUGCCCAGUCCACCCAUCCUCGUCAAACCCCUAGCAGGCGUUACCAAUCUCACCCAUUUUUCUGCUUCUUAUUCACAUUCAUUGCCACAACAGCGGCAGCAGCCACCACCACCGUUACUAUCACAACAUCAACCGCACCCACGCCGUCGCCGCAUUUCAUUGAAUCACAGUGCCGCAGAGCCCCUGUCCAACCUUCGGGAACCUUCCGUUGCAAGCCGAAUUGGUGAAAAGCGACCACAUGACAAUCUCGAUCUUUUGGCGACCCAGGCUACCAAAAUGAGGGUGCUUCCCAUGUCCCCCUCGGUGUCUCCACCACCCCCCACCACCAAGUUACCACCCAUUAAAGAUCUCUUGGCCGAUCUGGCUCAUCGGUUCGAUCAUUUUGAACAGCACAGUGUCAACCUUCACACAUCCACCUACUAG